GAUAUCGAAAGCCCUAACCAAAUAAUUAGCGAAUAGGUACAGAGCAGUUUCAAGAUAACUCUUACUUUAAAAUUGCAACGGUGAAUUUUUUUUCCGUAAUAUGGUAAUGAAAAUUGUUACGUAAUCAAUCACGUUGCCUCGUUAAUGAAAAUCAGUUACAUUGAAAUUCACAGUUGAUAAUUUCCUGAAAAUGAAUUCACAAGGGUUCAAACAAAGUGCAGAAUUUGAAGCUCAAGAAAAAAAACUACUAAGUGCAAAUGGACAAAUAAGGUCACCGCCGUCAUUACUGUUCUCGAGACGAUUUCUUGUUGCUACGAUAAUAUUCAUAGUCAACGUACUUUGUUCUUUUGUGCGACACAAUAUUAGCAUAGCAGUUGUGGCAAUUACGAGUACUACAGUUGGACAAAUUAAUUCCACAGAACCUCGGGCUCCAAAAUAUGACUGGGAUUCCACAGACGUUGGAUUAAUUCUGAGCGCAUUAUAUUACGGAGGAUUAUUGUCUUUUAUGGGAGGAUACAUAGUGACUAAGCUAGGAGCUGCGUUUAGCUUCGCCUCAUUCCUCAUGUUGACUGGACUUUUUACAAUACUACAACCCCUUACCUUGUACUAUGGAUUCAAUACAUUUUUAUUUUGUCGCUUUCUUAUUGGAAUGAUCGAUGCUUUCUCCAUAGUAAGUUCAAUGGAAUUGAUUUCCAAAUGGACGCCACAGAAUGAAAAAUCCAAGUUGGUAUCCUUCACUACUAGCGGACUAAACAUAGGUAUAUCAAUUACACAUGGUUUUUGCGCGUUUCUGGCUAAUGGAUGGGGAUGGCCAAUGAUAUUUUACGUGACAGGUGCUCUUGUUGUAGUUGCUUCGUUAUUUUGUUUCAUUUUGGUUAAAAAUCAACCCUGCGAAGAUAAACGGAUCUCUAAGAACGAACUCGAAUAUAUUCAACAACAGACAACGACAAUUCCAAGAAAAUCAAUCUCACAUCCUUACAAAAAGAUAUUCUCAUCGCCAGCAAUUUGGGCUUUCCUAAUAACCAGGUUCACUAUGACGUGGGUGGCUGCUAUUUUGGUAACUUGUCUUCCUUUGUACGUUAAAGACAUAACUCAAGGCGAUAUCGGUAAUGUUGGCAUGUUUUCUUCAAUACCUAACAUUGCGGGUAUUUUUGUGUUUCCCAUAUGUGGGAUAUUAAUGGAUCAUGGGAAGAAGAAAAUCUCAGAAACCCUGAUUCACAAGACACUUAUAGCCGGUGCGUUAUUUUUCUGCAGCACUUUAUUUGCGAUUUCGGUGAUCACAUCUGAUUUCAUGGUAUCGAUAAUUUCAUUCGUGAUAGCCCAGAUGUUGAUGUCAAUAGUUUCUCUGGUUACAGGUAUAAUGGCUAUUAUUAUAGCGCCAAAUAGCACUAGCGUUAUAGCUGCAUCAAGUCUUUUCAUGUUAUCGUUUGGUUGUAUUUCGGGACGCAGUGCAACCGGAUUCAUGAUUAGAAACCACAGUUUGGAGGAGUGGAAUAAUAUUUUCAUUUUGACGAGUGGCAUUCUGAUGUUGAAUGCUGUGAUAUUCGUGCUGUAUGGCUCCAGUGCACCUCACACAUGGCCGGAAUCAAAAUCAUCAUUACCCAUAGAGAAACAAGACGAGCUUAAAAAUCAGCCUACGAAAAAAUAAGAUAAAACCGGAGGGUGAGGCAUGUAAUUUACGAGUAUAAAACUCGGCUAAGUACCUACGAAAAUGUGUACACACGUCAGCUGGCUGACAUGCAUUUUCCCAAAGCUAAAUUAAUGAGCAACACCUUCACUUUCAUUUAAUUAUUAAAGAUUAAUCUUCCAAUCUCGACAGCUAUUUUAAAUUUAUCAGUUGUUGAAUGCGGUGUUGUUACAUCUAUGUCAAAGUUGUAGAGAAUUAAAUUUCCAACAACGUAGUUAUACCUAAUUACCUACAUAGACAAGGAAGAAUCAAAACGCAGUUAUGGUUCCAUAAUGUGUCUCCCAAAUAAACGGUGUUAAUAAUUAACGUUUUACAAUCUAUUAUUCAAAUUAGCGUGUGUUCUCUUUGAGUAAUAUCUAGCACAUAUAUUACUCGACUGUGUGGUGAAGGAUGUGAAUAUCAAUGAGCGUUAGAGUUUCAAGGAUCCAGAAUUUCAUGAAUCGCAAUAAUAACUUGAAUAUGCGCUAUAUAUAGCAUAAGGAGAAAAAAAUAUGCAUUUAAGUACAUAAAAAUCCUAGCCCUAAUCAUGACCAAAUUUUGAACUCAAAUUCUCGAAAAAAAUUUUGUCAUGAUAAGUAUUUGAAUUUAUUGUGUAAUUUCAACUCAUUUUAGUAUGUCACGUAAGUAGCAUUUUUUCAAAAAAAAAACAAAAAAAAAAAAAAGUAAAAAAUCAAAAA